UGCGUUCCAAAAGAGUCCGAGUCUUUCCUCCUCUUCCUUCUCCCAUUCUCUUACCAAUGGACUCGAGUGAAACCACCACCACCACCAUCCACCACCAGUACUCCUCCUCUUCCUCUCCUUCCUCUUCUCCAACCUCCUCUCCUCCCUCCCUCCCUCCCACUCCUCCUUCAGCUGUGCUUAGCCCUUGCGCCGCCUGCAAGAUCCUACGCCGGAGGUGCGUCGAAAAAUGCGUGCUCGCCCCCUAUUUCCCUCCCACCGAACCCCUCAAGUUCACCACGGCGCAUCGCGUGUUCGGUGCCAGCAACAUCAUCAAGUCCUUGCAGGAUCUACCGGAGAGCCAGAGGGCUGAUGCAGUUAGCAGCAUGGUGUACGAGGCCAACGCUAGGAUCCGAGACCCGGUGUAUGGUUGUGCAGGGGCCAUCUGCCAGCUCCAGAAGCAAGUGAGCGAGCUCCAGGCUCAGCUGGCCCGAGCCCAAGCCGAGCUCGUCAACAUGCAAGCCCAGCACGCACACCUGAUUGCCCUCGUCUGCAUGGAGAUGGCUCAAUCCCAGCAGCAACACAUCCCUUCUUCUUCACAGCCCAUCGACACCCUCGCCGCCGGUCCUUAUGUCGAUUCGUUCUACAUCGACGCAGGCAGCAGCCAGGGAUCGAUAUGGGAAGAACCCCUGUGGACAUGACCUGAGUUAGAGGAAUGAUCAACUGUGACGAGAGGAGAUAGGAUUGAUUUGUCAUCCUACGGUCCAAGUAGUAGAUUCAUAAUAACUAAUGGUCUCUUAAGAUUUAAUUAACACUGUCGGCAAGAUCGGCUUGUUCCUUUAACUAGUCCUCCCAACUCAAAAAGGAGAAUAAUGGGUUGAGACUGGUUGGCGAGCAUGAUGUUGUGGUUGUAGUCCAAGUUCAUGAGUUGCUUGUCAAACAUAUGUACUAUUGACUUCCUAAUUGUAAAAUUUUCGAUCCUUUGAGAGGCA